AUGUUCAAUUUCUAUUUCGUUAGUCUCUUCUUAUUGUAUCACAAAAUCGAUGAAAUCAAUGCGAAUAUCGAUGCCAAACGUCUUCUCCAUGAACUGAUGAAAGAUUACAAUAAAAAUGUUCUUCCUGUACAAUCGAUAAAUCAAAAAAUAAACGUAACACUGGGUUUGAAACUCUCACAAUUGUCCGAUAUUGACGAACGAAAUCAAAUCAUGACAACCAAUGUUUGGCUUGAACACGAAUGGUCAGAUUAUAAGUUAACAUGGACUCCAAGUCAUUAUGGCGAUAUUGAUGUUUUAGAAAUUCCAUCAUCGGAUAUUUGGGUGCCUGAUAUUGUUCUUUACAACAAUGCCGAUGGCACAUACGAGGUUAAUACAAUAACAAAAGCGCAUGUAUUUUACAAUGGAACAAUUCGAUGGAAUCCACCUGUUAUAUACAAAUCUUAUUGUGAUAUUAACAUCCAAUACUACCCAUUUGACGAACAAAACUGUUCAUUGAAGUUCGGUACAUGGACGCAUAAUGGCAAUCUCGUUGAUCUCAAUCAUAAAUCAGGACAGAUUGUUGUUAAAGAUGGCAUUGAUCUAACAGACUAUUAUAAAUCGAUCGAAUGGGAUAUUCUUGCCGUUCCAGCGUAUCGUCAUGUUCUUCUCUACGAUUGUUGCAAAGAUGAUCCUUAUUUUGAUGUAACCUUUGCAUUAAUUAUUCGACGCAAACCACUGUUUUAUAUGGUUAAUCUGGUUAUUCCAUGUGUUAAUAUUGCCUUUCUGACUAUUUUAGUCUUUUGUUUACCAAGCGAUUGCGGAGAAAAAUUAACAUUGUCUAUAUCGAUUUUUGUCGCUCUACAAGUGUUUUAUCUUCUUUUGAUUGAUCUAAUUCCACCGACAUCGUUGAAAAUCUCUCUACUCGGCAAAUAUCUUCUUUUUACGCUGAUUCUUGUCAAUGCAUCGAUAUUUAUAACCAUUCUUACAUUAAAUAUCCAUUGGCGUCAUCCUAAUACACAUCAUAUGCCUGAUUGGGUCAAACGAUGGUUCUUUCAGAUAAUACCACCAUUUAUCUUCAUGUCUAAACCACAUAUUGCCGAUGCGAUUUUGCAAAUAGAAGAGAAUGAUAUGUUAAUUAAUAACGAAGCCAAUAUGAAGCCGUUAAAUGAUUAUAUUCGAAGAGUAUCGAUUGAUAAAUAUCCUCCAAUCAUUCAGCAAGCAAUAAAAGAUAUUCGAUAUAUCAGUGAAACACAACGUGAAGCACAAAAAGAUGAUCUGGAACGCGAAGGUUGGCGAUUCAUUGCUCUUGUUAUUGAUCGAUGUUUUCUAAUUAUAUUUCUUAUCUUGACAAUAACCGGCUCGAUUGUUAUUCUAUUUUCUGCACCGACAACGAAACAAGAAGUCGAACCAUGA